UUACAUCUUCUCUUUUCUUCCCCAGCAAAAAAUGAGUCUGCAAAAUAGAAAAUUCAAGCUGCGAUUGCGAGGAAGAGAAGAGACUUCAGAUCUAGCUUGAUCCGGUGAUAAUGGCGCUCGAGUGGGUGGUUUUAGGUUACGCGGCGGCGGCUGAAGCGAUUAUGGUGGUGCUAUUGACGAUGCCAGGACUCGACGGACUCCGCAAGGGAUUAGUCGCCGUCACGCGUAAUCUCCUCAAACCGUUUCUCUCCAUAGUUCCUUUCUGUCUCUUCCUCUUAAUGGACAUCUACUGGAAAUACGAAACUAUGCCUUCGUGCGAUGGCGAUUCCUGCACACCGUCAGAGCAUCUUCGUCACCAGAAGUCCAUGAUGAAAUCCCAGCGAAACGCGCUUCUCAUUGCGGCUGCACUUGUGUUCUACUGGAUCCUUUACUCAGUCACCAAUUUGGUUGUCAAGAUCGAGCAUCUUAACCAGAGGAUCGAGAGGCUCAGGAACAAGGAUUGAUCGUCUCGUCUCAGGUUCAAUUAGUGUAAUGCCUUUUUUGGUUAUCUUUCCCAUUUGGCUAGGUUUUCUCUUUUUCAACGUUUCUGAUAUGUGUCUUUUAUCUUGUGGAGAUUGAAGGAUUUUAUCCUACUUUUCUAUGUUUGGAUUCUUAUUUGUAACCAGAUUGUGAUUGUUUCUUGUUGAAUUUUGAUUGACUCUAUAAUCUUCUCUUCAGGAUAGGCAUUAUGCAUUAAUGACACACACAUGAUUGAUGGUUUUAUUGAAUUGAUUCUGUGCCACACCCACUGUGAUUUCUCUUAUGCAUUCUAUGAAUUAGAGCUUGUGGAUACAGAUUUGGUAAUCAGGGAACCCUUUUGUUUAGUUGUGUUCAAUGUCUGGUUAUUGAUUUCCGGGUGAAAUCCAAAUUGUCUCAUAGGUGCAUUUCCCUUUUUAUACAAAUAUACUGAUGCAUCUGAAAUCUGAACUAGUAGUAUGUGCUUUUGAU